UAGUCUGGGAGAUGUGGGGGGUAGUUCCCAUGAAGUGAGGGCCAUCUUGACUGUUAUAUCUCUGGGUCCCUCAGCCUCAUCUUGUCUCCAGGAUGCUGUGUGUCUUGCUCCCCAAGGAUAGAGUCUGGAUAGAGGCUCUGGCUGUGACCCUGCUGGUGCUGACUUCCCAGGUGGCUACAGGCAGACACGCCCCAGAGCACUUCACGGAGCAGGGGAAGUCCGAGUGUCACUUUGUGAACGGGACGGAGCGCGUGCGGUUUGUGGAUAGAUACAUCUACAACCGGGAGGAAUAUGUGCGCUUCGACAGCGACGUGGGGGAGUUUGUGGCGGUGACGGAGCGGGGGCGGCGCAGUGCUGAGUAUUAUAACAGCCGGAAGGAUUACCUGGAGGACGAACGGGCCUCGGUGGACACUUACUGCCGGCACAACUACGAGGUCAUCGAGCCCUUCUCAGUGCGCAGGCGCG